GUUGAUAUGGCCCCGAUCGAACGCCGGGUGUCCUCUUGGGCAGCCUGGGCGAAGCGCGCGGGUCAGCGGCCGCGGAUUGGUGUGAUGUUGUCGUCCAAUGCCUUCAGCCACAAUGAGUUCGUGAUGGGCGCCCAACUGUUGGCACAUCCGCAUGUCCAGGCGAUCUUCCCUUUGAGCUUUCACCACGCAUUGCAGCUGGGGCCUUUGGGCCAAACUCACAG